UGUUUUCAGUGACUAAAGUUCAUAACUAACUAUCCGUGCAUAAUUUUUUCUUAAACAGCCAAUGACAGGAGGUGCACAACUUAUCUUUUAGGACGUUAUAUUACUUGACCAAUAAGAAUUAGGCUAAGAUGUAUAUUAAUGUGUUUCUAAUUUUGCGUACGCAAUACAGUUUGAAGACCUCAACUUUGCUUUGCCGAUUCUAGUCGCAACAUAGCAACAACUUGAACAACUUCUUUAUAGCCUGCAAGUCAUUUUUUCAGUACAUAAGAAGCAAUGAUGAAUUUUGCAUUGACAACUGUACUCAUUCUGGCAUCCCUUGGCUCUGCUAAGGCUCUUCAAUGCUACUAUUACCCAUGCAAAAAUGGUACAGUUGAUCCUUCCUGCGGGAAAUUUGGAACACCUAUGCUUUGUUAUAUGAAUCAAGUUUGUGCGAAAUACGAUGCAGUUGACGGUAAGGUCUAUCGUGGUUGCAGGAAUUUAAAAAACGCACAAGAUAAUAACCAAUGCUUUGAUUAUAAUAAUGCCGAGUUGAAAAGGAUGUGCUUAUGCUCUACUAGUUUAUGCAAUAGUGCAUUGAAGAACAAUGUUGGUUUUUUCUUAGCCUUUGUUGCCUUUCUGGCCGCUAAGUUUUUGUAGAGCUACUGACAUCUCUUUAAUAUUACAGUGUUCUUUGUGUCAUUUUUGAAAGCACACGUGCUCUAUAUUUUGCAUGUUUCGAAAUUGACUUGUUUGGGACCGCUAUUGAAACACCUUUGACUAAUAGAACUGUCUCCUGUUUCCACUUGAAUAUUGCUUGUUUCAUUUUUACUGUGCUUUUGUAGUUAGCUAAAACUUAAUAGCAUAAUGUAAUCCACAUGUGUUUCUUAGAUAUAUAACUUCAUUACAAUAUCAUUAUAAUUACAGCUCCCAAUUAGUUUUAUUUGUUACUUAAUCCAUACUUAC